AUGAAGCCUUGGGGACUUCAUAUGACGAGUCUGGUGCUUCAUAGGAAGUGUCAGGAGCCUCAUAGGAGGUAUCGGGAGCUUCGUAUGAAGUGUCAGGAGCCUUGUAUGCUGAUUCAGGGGCCUUGUAGGAAACUUCAGGAGCCUUGUAGGAAACUUCAGGAGCUUUGUAGGAGGCUACAGGAGCUUUGUAGGAAGCUUCAGGAGCCUUGUAGGAAACUUCAGGAGCCUUGUAGGAAGCUUCGGGAGCUUUGUAAGAAACUUCAGGAGCUUUGUAUGAGGCGACUGGAGCCUUGUAGGAAACUUCAGGAGCUUUGUAGGAGGCUACAGGAGCCUUGUAGGAAGCUUCAGGAGCCUUGUAGGAAACUUCAGGAGCCUUGUAGGAAACUUCAGGAGCUUUGUAAGAAACUUCAGGAGCCUUGUAGGAAACUUCAGGGCUUUGCCUCGUUGUAG